GAGAGAUUAUCUACGAACAGAACUCCACCAUUUAUCUUCUUGCCCGUGCUUCCAUCAUUGCGCAUAGAAAGCAGCUUCACCACCUCAUCUCUUGCGCAAACCAAUUCAAACUUUGUGGACUUUACAUCAGACACAACAUGCGUGUUGCUACGGCCACGAUGCUUGCAAAUGCGUUUUUCUUCGCCAUUGCAGAAUGCCUUCCAUACCUCCCCCGUGAAACAGCUUCCUAUUCUUCAAAGCUUUUGUCCAAACGCGGACUCCCUGGUGCAGUGUACAUCUGUACUGAUCCCAACUUUCGUGGAGACUGUGGCUGGGUCGCGCCCUCCCAAGAGUGUCGCAUCGCUGGCACUGGUCUCCAAGCCCCAGAAUCUAUCGGUCCAGACCCCGGCGGAUUCUGCGUCCUGUAUGCAGAUGCAGCGUGUAAAGGCAAUCAAAUCGCUACGCUCCGGUUUCCUGGCAUAGGAAGUGGCGUGCCAGCUUUUUCCGCCAUCCGGUGCCUCGGCGUGCAGCAGGAGGCUACGAAAACCGCAAACAGGUUAUCGAAUACUGCACAGGCUCUGAAAGGCGUUACUCAAGACGAUCCAAGGCUUGCUGGAGGUGUCGGUAGUAUGUCAAGGAAGAGGAUCAAGGCUCAAAUGGAGCGAAUGGAGCAGGAUGGAUUCAGCGAGGGUUUGAUUGGGCUACGACCAGGAGAAUAUUACUGAUACUCUCACGCGCAUCAAGUAAUAUUAAACUUUACCUUGUACAUAUCUCAGUUUCACUUACAUUCUCUCGGCUCACACUCCGUAAAAUGGUUGCACAUUCAAA